AUUCUGUGCUUCAGCAUGCUGGGCUUGGGCUGCACAGUGGAGGCGAACCACCUCGGAUAUCACCUCAGGAGACCCGUGGGGGUUCUGCUGGCUGCCAUCUCGCAGUUUGUCAUCAUGCCUUUGGUUGCCUUCCUCUUAGCCUUGGUCUUCUCUCUCAGUGAGGUGGCUGCGAUCGCCGUGCUCCUGUGUGGUUGCUGCCCGGGUGGGAACCUCUCCAACAUCAUGUGUCUGCUGGUCAACGGGGACAUGAACCUGAGUAUAAUCAUGACUAUCUCCUCCACGCUACUGGCCCUGCUACUGAUGCCCUUGUGUCUGUGGAUUUACAGCCGAGCCUGGAUUAAUACCCCUGUCGUUCAGCUCAUGCCCUUCGGGGCCAUAACCCUUACCCUCUGCUGCACGUUAAUCCCGAUUGGGCUGGGGGUCUUUAUCAGAUACAGAUCCAACAGAGCAGCAGAUUUUCUCUUAAAGGUUUCCCUGUGGUCCUUGACGGUCACUCUAAUAAUCCUCUUCAUCCUCACUGGCACCUUGUUGGGACCUGAGCUAUUAGCCACCAUCCCAGCUUCUGUGUACAUUGUGGCUCUGUUGAUGCCGCUCGCAGGAUAUGUUGCUGGUUAUGGUCUGGGUACUCUCUUCAAAUUGCCUUCUAACUGCAAAAGGACAGUUUCUUUGGAGACUGGAUGUCAAAACGUCCAACUCUGCACAGCCAUCCUGAAAUUAGCCUUCCCUCCCCAGAUAAUUGGCGGUAUCUACAUGUUCCCGCUACUCUACGCCUUAUUCCAAGCUACAGAAGCUGCCCUUUUUGUUUUAGCAUAUAAAAUCCAUAGAAGAGACGUGUUACACAAGAAGCCGGCAGACCAGGAUGAUGACACGGACGUUUCAUACAAGAAGCUUAAGGAGGAAGAGAUUACUGACCCAGCCUAUGGAGCUAUGAACACGAGUGACCAGCACGCUAUUAUAAUGGAACCUACUACUAACAAUAUGUAAACGUGAAAGCUGAUUGCAACAAAAUGUGAAUCGUAAUAAGCUAACAGAAGAUUCACGAUUAACAGCAGCUGUCCACUAAACCCUUUAAUGGGGUAAUUGAUCGUUAGUCUUGGCAUUUUCACGUGCUCUGUGCGAUCCAGCUUUCGGGGAAUUAGUAUAAUUGAUUCAAAAUUAAUGAAAUUUAACGUGUAGUUUGAGUAAAAAUGUCAACUAUUUUGUAAUCUGUUAGGUGCAAUGUAAAUUAUUGAUAAGCUUUAACAUGUCAACAAAUGAUCCUCCAGAACACAGCUGUGUAUCAAUAUACUUUAUCUGGUAAUCCAAAACUUGUUGGUGUUCCAUGAAUAACUUUAAGGAAGCAUAUUCUAUGUUCAUUUGCAAUUUUUCUAAACUAGCAGAGACCCAUAAAAUAUUUGAAUUUUCUCUAGAAUUAGCAUAGUCACAAGAUGCUGUAUUUUCCAGAGCCGCUUUUAUUCUAAUUGCCAU